UUAAAAAUUCGCAAAGUGCGAAUAACCCCUCCAACUCCUUCAUAUUUACAAAAACAAACUCAUCAUCAUCAUCAUCAUCUAAUGUCCCGUCGCCGGCGAGCGGCGGAGCGGCGAAUCCUCCAGCUCCUUCAAGACCAAAAAGCCCGCAUCUUCACCGACGAGCUUCUCGCCCACAUCCUCCGCCACCACCUCCACUUCUCCCCUUCUCUCCUCCUCUUCUUCAACUCCCUCCUCAAAUCCCAUUCUCUCUCUCCCUCCUCCUCCCACCUUUCCCUCCCUCUCUUCUCCCUUCUCCGCCACCUCUCCCUCUUCCCCAACCACCUCACCUUCCCUCCUCUCCUCAAAUCCCUCUCCAACCUCCGCCACCUCAUCGCCGGCCAAUCCAUCCACGCCACCACCAUCAUCUCCGGCUUCCACUCCUACCCUUCCAUCUCCAUCGCCACUCUCGAUCUCUACUCGUCUUGCCACCACCUCCACGACGCCCGCAAUGUGUUCGACGAAAUGCCCCACCGAGACGCCGUCGUCUGGAACAUCCUCAUCAACGCCUUCUCCAAAGCCGGCGACUUGCAAAACGCUUACCUCUUCUUCCGCCGCGCCGACCACCGCAACACUGUCACCUGGAACUCUAUCAUCAAUGGCUUCGCCAAAGCUGGGAAGGAUGAAGCCGCCAUGGAUCUCUUCAAGGAGAUGUGGGAUGCGGGGAUUGAGCUUGAUGACGCUACACUCGCCACCGUCUUGCCGGUGUGCGCCCGACUCGGCGCUGUCCACGCCGGGAGGUUGAUCCACGACCACGCUCGCCGGCGAGGGCUAUUGAAAGACGCCGUGAACAAUGUCCAUGUGCUGAACUCUUUAAUAGAUAUGUACUGUAAAUGCGGGGACUUGGUCACUGCACGGAAGGUGUUUGAUGAAAUGCCCAAGAGAAGUGUGGUCUCAUGGAAUGCAAUGAUCAAUGGUUUGGGUUCAAAUGGGCGUGGAGAAGAUGGUUUGGAAUUGUUUGAAUCGAUGAUGAGGAGUGGUUUUCGGCCGAAUGCCGGUACUUUUCUUGGAGUUCUUGGGUGUUGUAGGCACACGGGGAUGGUCGGGAAAGGCCGGGAGGUGUUUAGGGUGAUGGCGGCGGAGUAUGGAGUGGAGCCGGAGAUUGAACACUAUGGUUGUAUGGUUGAUCUUCUCGGUAGAUGCGGGUUUGUGAGGGAAGGUUAUGAGUUGAUUACUAGGAUGACUAUGAGGCCGAGUGCCGCAAUUUGGGGAGCUCUUUUAAGCUCUUGUAGGAACUACGGUGAUGUCGAAAUGGCGGUGGUGGCUGCAAAGGAGCUUGUAGAGGUUGAGCCUUGGAAUUCUGGUAACUAUGUGUUGUUGUCCAAUGUUUAUGCGGAAGCUGGGAGAUGGGAGGAUGUGGAGAAGGUAAGGAUUUCGAUGAAGGAGCAGUGUGUAAAGAAGGCAGCGCCCGGACAGAGCUUGAUAGGAUUAAGCAGUAGUGUGGGUCUUUAAUAAGUAAUACCAAUACAGUGAUAAGUCGUCAACAUGUUCCUAACCUAUUAUUGUUAUCGUCGAUGGAAAUAAACACAAGUUCAACAUAGUUCUAGCCGGAGUUUGGCUGUGUUCCAUAUUUACUCUCAAGAAUGCCUAAACCCUAUAUUUAUUAUCAAUGCCAAAUUGACAAAAUUUAACCAGUCAAGAAUUCCGGUAUUUUUCCAGUCUAGAUGUCAAGCAUGAUCAAGUUAUGUAUUUGGUUCGGUGUCCUGAAAUUUGUUCUGCAUUAAGAAAGUUGAAAGCUAUAAGAAUUAAUAUUCAGUUGAAGUACCUGGACUUGCGCCUCAAGAUACAGCAACUGGAGCUGCUACAAC